AUGCUCUGUAAACCAAAAGAAAAACCAGCAAUCGCAUGUCCUGCUUUGGCCUCCUUAUUUGAAAACAACACGCGGCAAAACUCAACGAUUCAAAAGAGAAAAGAAAAGCAAGGGUUUUCUCUGAUUUAUGGGUUAAAUGAAGGAUUGAAGCGAGAGGGGAAAUGGGUUUCGAGUUGUUUUAUGGUUCAAUUCGUUGCGGUUUUGUUAUUGUGGGUAAUGAAGGUUUUGAGGAAAAUUUUGGUGAAUGAAGAUGGUGAAAAGGGGAGAUCGGAGGGUUCGCUUAAGGUUUGA